AUGAGUAGCACGAAGAAGUUUAAAAAGGUCGAAAAACCUCUAUUGCAAAACAGACAUUAUUCGCUUUGUAUCCCCACGACACUGGUAUCCGACUGUCGCAAUCUCUCACAAAUCACACAUAGGGUAUAUCAAGUGGCCAAGUUUGCAUCGUUAUUCAAUGUUUCUGAGAUUAUUAUCCUCGAAAACGAUUCUCAGGUUAGUGCCACUAAGAAUAAAAUCUCUACUGCCAAACUGAUACUAGCACUUUUACAAUACUUCGUCACACCUCCUUAUCUCCGUAAUACCGUCUUCAACGAAAAAUUCAGGCCGUACUUUACUGCUGCUUCGAAGUUACCAAGACUGUCCACGCUUCCUUUCACUAGGUACCACAAGCAAGAUCAUGGUCGGUAUAGAGAGGGUCUUACAAUCAGGAUGCAGAAACCCACGUUGGCGCGCAAAAAGACAGGUAAGACAUUCAAACAAACCAAAUAUAUCAACAUAGGCAAAGCAGAAGCACUGGCCCUACAGAGCCAAUUAGUGCCGAUAAACGCAAGGGUCACCAUCGACACAAUAACAAGGAAAAUCGUGUCACCUCAGGAAGCUUACGGUGAUUUUACAGGAUUGGAGUCGCAAUAUGGAUACUACACUCGUAUAGCAUCAUCAUUUACAGAAUUGUUUAUGAAUGGCACCAUAAAAGAGGGUUAUACUCAAUCGAUAUACGUUCCUUUAACCGCUGGAGACAUACCAAUACCUGAACUAUCAUCACUUCCCGCCUCCGGUACUGAUUCCAACAUUUUAUUGGUGAUCUCCACAUGGGGUACUCUUGUACAGGCGUUCAACCGGGACGAGGAUCAAUUCGUAGAUUGUCAAGGUCCUCAGGAAUUUUUUGAUGCUCAGCUACCAUGUCCUGUACCUGUUUCGGACAUUAUCGAUGCCAUUCCCAUGACACUAACUGCACUUUCGACCCUAUUUUAA